AUGUCGAAAUGUCCCCACGCGGGCCCAAUCAAAUUAAUCCUGGAGCAUCAGAAUUUCAAGUACAUUGACGAGCCAAUCAAGACUAAGGAUUGGCAACUAAAGCGGGAGGAGAUUAUCACCUUUCGAGUGCCCGCACUCCGCAUCCAACAUCGUGACGGUCAACUGCAAUGGAUGACAGAGGCUUCAGCCAUCCUGAGGUGUCUGGGGCAGCAGUAUAACCUUCUGGGUCGCAAUGAUAUGGAGAUGUACCAUUGCGAUCGCAUUAUUGGAAAGAUUAUGGAAUCGGGUAGAAUUCUCGCGGACUUCUACAAAAAUAAGAAAUUUCACGGUUCAGAUGAGAAAGAGCACGAGGAAUAUAAGGAGGAGUUAUUCAAAAAGAUCUCCGUCGUUCUUCAGCACCUCGAUCAGAUGCUGCAAGAGGCGCCGGGUAGCUACGCUGCUGCAGAUAUCAUCACGAUUGCGGAUUUCUACCUUCUGGACAUGGUGGAUUUUCUUAGAGCUAACAAACCUGGAUGUCUUACGCCAUUCCCGUAUUUACAGAAGUGGCGAAAGCACCUACUUGACACCGAUCAACCAGUUGCCAGAUUCACCGCCUCGCGCAGUUGGACAAAGAUAUAG